AUGGCAUCCAGUCCCACUGUGUUGAUGCGGUUGGUGGCUUCAGCAUAUUCUAUUGCUCAGAAGGCAGGAACGAUAGUCAGGCGUGUUAUCGCUGAAGGAGACCUGGGCAUCAUUGAGAAGACCUGUGCAACAGACCUGCAGACCAAGGCUGACCGAUUAGUUCAAGCAAGCAUAUGUUCUUCAUUGGCACGGAAGUUCCCCAAACUAACAAUUAUAGGGGAAGAGGAUCUGCCUCCUGAAGACGUGGACCAAGAGCUGAUUGAAGAUGGUCAGUGGGAGGAGAUACUGAAGCAGCCGUGCCCAUCACAGUACAGUGCUAUCAAGGAGGAAGAUCUUGUGGUCUGGGUUGAUCCUCUGGAUGGUACCAAGGAAUAUACCGAAGGUCUUCUUGACAAUGUAACAGUUCUUAUUGGAAUUGCUUAUGAAGGAAAAGCCAUAGCAGGAGUUAUUAACCAGCCAUAUUAUAACUACCAGGCAGGACCAGAUGCUGUGCUGGGGAGAACUAUCUGGGGAGUUUUGGGUUUAGGUGCCUUCGGAUUUCAGCUGAAAGAAGUGCCCACCGGCAAACACAUCAUCACAACUACCCGGUCCCAUAACAGCCAGUUGGUUACGGACUGUGUCACUGCUAUGAACCCUGAUGAUGUGCUGAGAGUGGGAGGAGCAGGAAAUAAGAUAAUUCAGCUGAUUGAAGGCAAAGCCUCUGCUUAUGUAUUUGCAAGUCCUGGAUGCAAGAAGUGGGACACCUGUGCUCCAGAAGUCAUUUUACAUGCUGUUGGAGGCAAGUUAACCGAUAUCCAUGGAAAUGCCCUUCAGUAUAACAAGGAGGUGAAGCACAUGAACUCAGCCGGAGUUCUGGCCACAUUGAGGAAUUACGACUAUUAUGCAAGUCGAGUUCCCCAGUCAAUUAAAAAUGCACUUGUUCCUUAA